AUCAAGCACAGCUUUUGUGUCGCUUGAGAGCGGGACGUGCCAUGGUUUCGGAGAUGUAGAAGGCCGUUGCUGCAGCUACAACUGUGGGGGUGGAAAGAACCCCGAGUUAGAGGCCCGGCUGGAGAAGAUCAAGGCCAGGCUAGCCAAUGAGGAAUACCAACAGAUGACGAGGAAUAUCAACUGCCAGGAGCUGAACCGCUAUGGCACCCUGGCCGAUCUCGGAAGGCAAGUCAGGUCCACCAAAGCCUUGUUCAUCACCAUCUUCAACUUCGUCGUCACCGUCGGCGCCACCUUUGUCUGCACCUUCCUGGGCAGCCAGUACGUCUUUGCGGAUGUUGCGGCGCGCAUCUUGUCGGCGGUGAUCGUGGCCUCCGUGGUGGGCUUGGCAGAGCUGUACGUGAUGGUGCGGACAUUGGAAGGGGAGCUGGGAGAAAUGUAGCCCGCGGCUUCUCCCAGCCAGGCUUCCCUGAACCCUCGCCGGCCUGCCUGCGCCAGGCUUAGAGUGGGCCAGCCACCCAGCUCUCCAGCAGCUCCUCUGCUCCCAAGAGGUUUCCUCGCCCCCACGGAAGGCAACGGCCCCAGGCUCCCGCAGGCUGGCUCCGGGUCGCCCCUGCCUCCCGAGCACGGAAGCUGUCUGUCCCCGGCCACAUGACGGGCUUUCCUGCAGCAGCCGGAGCUGCCCAGGCCCCGCGUGCAAAAGCGAGAGGCGUCCUUUGCCCCUGCCCGCUCCCCACCAGCGAGCGGAACUGCAGAAGCGUGUCUGGCGGUGGCCCCCCGAGUCCCCCUCAAACCGGCAGGGCCCCGUCCUUCGGCUACGCGUGCAGCCCCAGGAGCCAGCCCCCAAAAGGGGGGCCUUGUCCUCCGCUUUCUAAUCUGUGGAAACGCUGUUCCACGGGAGGCAAUAAAGGCCUGACGCAGCA